AUUUAGGGAUAUAAAGACAAACACAACAAAGUGUUCCACCUUCUCCCCUACAAAACACAUACAGAAAACACACUUAAUUAAUCCCCUUAUAAAUUAUAAUAUCACCAACAACACAACACACCCAUCUCUUAUUAUGAAUGCAGAGAUGAAUGGUGGUGGUGUGGGGACGGAGAAUGGGAGGAAGACGGUGGUUAGGAGUAAUGGUGAUCGUGAGAAGGUUGAUUAUGUUUAUAAGGUGGUAGUGAUCGGUGAUUCAGCGGUUGGGAAGACUCAAGUGCUGUCAAGAUUCACCAGGAAUGAGUUUUGUUUCGAUUCGAAAUCCACCAUAGGAGUUGAGUUUCAAACGAGGACUUUGAGUAUUAAGUCGAAAGUUGUUAAGGCUCAGAUCUGGGACACCGCUGGUCAAGAAAGAUAUAGAGCGGUAACAAGUGCAUACUAUAGAGGAGCAUUGGGGGCAAUGUUGGUGUAUGAUAUAACCAAAAGACAUACAUUUGAUCAUGUCGCAGGAUGGGUCGAAGAACUUCGGGCCCAUGCAGAUAACUCAAUUGUCAUUGCUUUGAUCGGUAACAAAGUUGAUCUUGAAGAAAAGAGAGCGGUUCCAACAGAAGAUGCCAUGGAGUUCGCGGAGAAUCAAAACUUAUAUUUCUUUGAGACAUCUGCCCUCACUGGUGACAAUGUGGAAGCUGCUUUCAUUAAGUUACUAGAGGAAAUUUAUUCUGUGGUCUCUAAGAAGACUUUGGAUCAUGAUGUCACGAAAUCCAAUGCGGAUUCCGUCACACUUAAGGGUUUGAAAAUCGAUGUCAAUGGGCAGGAUAUGGAGGUUAGUGAGAUGAAAAAGCUGUCAUCUUGCUCUUGUUCAUGAAUCCGCUUUGGAACAAAAUUGUUUCACAUAAUUGUGUGUUUGAAUCAUUUGUUGUGUGAUAUGUUGGUUGUAAAGUUUACUCUUGGAACCUAAUUGCAAUGGACAUACAUUCUGAUGCACGUUUAAUUUAUUGCA